AUGGCUGCCCUCGACCCCCAUUCCAUCGCUACAGGCUGGCUUGUGGCGUGCUCUUCCGCGCUGACAACUGGCGACGUGCUCGGCCUCACCCAGCUUUUCAUUCCCGAUGGCUGGCUCCGCGAUCUGCUCUUGUUCACGUGGGACAUGCGCUCUCUCCACGGUCGAGACAAGAUUUCCGCCUACCUCGACCAUCGUCUCUCCAAGGCCCAGAUCAAAGAUGUCCGCCUCGACGAGACUCAGGACUACUGCCCCCGCACCUUCCCUAUCCCGCAAGACACGUCGGCUGUUGGUGUUGAACUCGUGUUCACCUUCGAGUGCGAGCGUGGGCACGGCCGUGGUCUUGCCCGCCUCGUCCAAGACAUGGACGGGACCUACCGCGCGCUCACGCUGCUCACGCAGCUGGACGACCUCGUCGGGCACGAAGAGCGCAGCACGCUACCAUGGAGGGACGACGUCACGCACGAACCUGACCGCGACAUGCAAAAGGAGUUCGCUGACUACGUUAGCGGCAUCGAGGCGAACCCACAUGUCUUGAUUGUUGGGGGCGCGCAGACUGGGCUCCAGCUCGCUGCGCGCUUCAAGCAAAUGGGCAUCCCUGCGCUUGUCAUUGAGCGCAACGCGCGGAUCGGCGACAACUGGCGCGCGCGCUACCCAAACCUCACGCUGCACACCACCCGGCAGCAGCACACUCUGCUCUACCAGCCAUACCCAGCGAACUGGCCCGAAUUCACCCCGCGCGACAAGAUGGCGCAGUGGCUCGAGCUCUACGCGCUCAGCCAGGACAUCGUCGUCUGGACGAGCACCCCGCUCUCCACGCGGCCCGUCUACGACCCCUCCACGCGCCGCUGGACCGUCACCCUCCUCCGCGGCGGCACCGCCCCCGUCACCCUCCGCCCCGCGCACAUCGUCCUCGCCACCGGCACCCUCGGCGCGCCCUUCGUCCCCACGCUCCCCGGCGCGUCGUCCUUCCGCGGCCAAUGCAUGCACUCGAGCCUGUACCCCGGCGGGCGCGCACUCGCGGGCCAGCGCGUCGUCGUCGUCGGGGCCGGCCAGAGCGGGUCCGACAUCGCGCAGGACCUCGCGCUGAACCGCGCGGGCGCGGUCACGCUCGUGCAGCGCUCGACGACGUGCGUAAUGCUCCGGGACUGGGUCGGGCGGCAGGUCAAGGGCGCGUUCCCCGAGGGCGUGCCGAUGGCCGCGUCGGACCUGCGGUUCGCGGCGCUCCCGCUGGGGCUGAUGCGGGCGACGGCGAUCGCGGCGCAGGACGCGGCGCGGCGGGACCACGAGGAGCUCCACGCGAAGCUGCGCAAGGGCGGGGUGAGCGUCGAUCUGGGGCCGGAGGGGCAGGGCGUGUACCCGCUCGUGUUCGAGCGGUACUCUGGUGCGUGGAUGGACAAGGGCUGCGCGGACCACAUCGCCUCCGGCGCCAUCCAAGUCAAAGCCCUCGUCUCCGUCGAGCGCCUCACGGAGACCGGCGUCGUCUACAGCGACGGCACCGAGACCGCCGCGGACUGCGUCAUACUCGCGACCGGAUACACGCACAUGCGCGACGCGAACGCCGCGCUCUUCGGGGCGGACCUCCUCGCGCGCACGGAGCCGGACUGGGGCCUCGACGACGAGGGCGAGAUCCACGGCGCGUACCGCGCGUGCGGGGUCCCCGGUCUGUGGUACGCCUCGGGCGACUUUUCGACGGCGCGGAUAUACUCCAAGCAGCUGGCUCUUCAGAUCAAGGCCAUCGAGUUGGGGAUGAUGCCCGGCGACGGCGUACGCGAGGGCUGGAAGGAGAAACAGCGGGGUGGAUAG